AAGUGAUGGACUAUCAUGAAGUGUGAGCUUUGGAAGGUGCUUCUUAAAACUUCCCAAACAUGUUUAUUGUUCAGGUGGGUGCGUUAUUAAUAGCGUUGAUAUAUUACGCCAAUGCUCAAACGUCUGUUGUCGCUGUAAACACCACCAUCCCGGGUUCAGAGCUGAGCGCAAGCGGCUUGAGGCAACUCGCCGCGGCAGUUGUGCCUCAGUCGCCCGUGUUUCACCCCAGUCUCCGUUCACAGUUUUCUCUCAACCUGUUGUCGGCGUUUCCAGAAGAUCUGGAGGUCAGCGAUUACUGCGUCGCGCUGCUGGCUAUCUUUGGGCAGCGAUAUUCAACGUAUGUGAAUUGUUUGGUGUCCGCGGCGCGUCCUGUCAAAGUGUGCCAAAACUGUUAUGGCACCUACGGCAACCUUAUGGAAAUCUACAGAAACAUAUCAGACCAGACUGGCCCAGGGAAUGUGAGCUGCAGAGACAGCCUACUGCGUUCUGAUAGGCUGAUGCUGGUGUUCCUGCUCUACAGUAACCUGGAGGACAUCUGGACCGCUUCAGAAUGUAACCGUUGUGUAAGCCAGAGACACCACAGCCUGACCAAUGACACCCUUUACUUCAUGGAAACUCUGAACCAGUCCCUCAGCUGCUUUGAGAAGUACCAGAAGGGUAACCACUCAGAGCUUUGUACGGAAUGUAAGGCCACAUACAGAGAACUGAAUGAGCUGUACAGCCGCAUGGAGAAGAAUCACACCCUCUGCAUCGACAUCGAGGACUCGAUGAAUAUGACCCGCAUACUGUGGAGCAAGAAUUUCAAUUGUUCUUUCCCCCGGGCGGAGACUGUUCCUGUCAUCGCCGUGUCCAGCUUCAUGCUCUUUCUGCCCAUCAUCUUCUACUUGAGCAGCUUCCUUCACUCGGAACAAAAGAAACGCAAGCUCAUACACCCCAAACGAGCCAAGUCCAACCCCAGCUUCAUUAACAUCCAGGACAAGUUCAGCUGAGGAGAGGGAGAAAUAGAUCAGAUAAUGACUUUAUUAUCCCUGUGGGGAAAUGUUGGUUGUCGCUCUGUGCAUACAUAAACAUAUAAUCAACAAUAGACAAAGGACGUACAGUAUACAGACAAUAAAUACAGGUAG